AUGGUAACGCUGAGCCUCUCUAGCCCUCAUCCGCCGUCCUCUCAGUGGUAGCGCGGGGAGGAGAGGAAACGCUCUCAGCCAAGUCGGCCGUACGUGGAUGCGGGUGCAGCCCAAACUCCGCAGAGGAGAGCGCGAGCUAAGGGUGAUCAGCACGUGACCUACUAGAGCGACAGAUCCCUAGACAAAAUCAAACAAGGGAAAUUUGCUGGAAUCUAGAGUGAUGGAUCCAUGUUCAGUUGGAGUCCAGCUUCGUACCACGAAUGAGUGCCAUAAAACCUACUACACUCGUCACACUGGUUUCAAGACUUUGCAAGAAUUGUCAUCAAAUGAUAUGCUUUUACUUCAACUUAGAACUGGAAUGACACUUUCUGGGAACAAUACCAUUUGCUUCCAUCAUGCAAAAAUUUACAUUGACAGAUUUGAGGAUUUGCAGAAGUCAUGUUGUGACCCAUUUAACAUACACAAAAAACUAGCCAAAAAAAAUUUGCAUGUAAUUGACUUAGAUGAUGCCACUUUUCUGAGUGCAAAAUUUGGAAGACAGCUUGUACCUGGUUGGAAACUUUGCCCAAAAUGUACACAGAUAAUCAAUGGAAGUGUGGAUGUUGAUUCUGAAGACCGGCAGAGAAGAAAACCUGAUUCAGAUGGAAGAACUGCUAAAGCUUUGAGGUCAUUGCAAUUUACAAACCCAGGAAAGCAAACUGAAUUUGCUCCAGAAACUGGUAAAAGAGAAAAAAGAAGGCUCACAAAAAAUGCAACCGCUGGUUCUGACAGACAAGUGAUACCAGCGAAGAGUAAGGUCUAUGAUAGCCAGGGUCUCCUGAUUUUCAGUGGAAUGGACCUUUGUGACUGCCUUGAUGAAGACUGUUUAGGAUGUUUCUAUGCUUGUCCUGCCUGUGGUUCCACCAAAUGCGGAGCUGAAUGCCGCUGUGACCGCAAGUGGCUGUAUGAGCAAAUCGAAAUUGAAGGAGGAGAAAUCAUUCAUAACAAACACGCUGGAUAAUUUGUGGUAUCAGAUUAUGGGCUCUUUAAAUAUCCCUUCUUUAUUUCUAAAACUCUGUCUCCCUAAGAUACAUUUUAAAGUUGACUGCCAAAUGACAAGAAUUUGAAAACCACCUCAGCAUGCACUCACUCUGUGCUAAUGUUGCAUUUAGGGUGCUUUAAGAUUCAUUAUCUGAUGUAAAUUAAGAUGAGCUGUUCCUCAGCAGUCAGCUUUGAGCCUGUCCGGGUCAAUGUCAACAAGUAGGCAAAGGCAGUCCUCCAUUAGCACAGCUCAAAUUUCAGUUACCAUGGUCUAUACUGUGAGCAGUUAGGUGAAGUAUAAACUUCACCUAACUAAAGGUGACUAAACUAAACCUCAAGAAGAAACUUUGCUUCUGCUAAGCAAACUUCCCUGCUAGCCCUUUGGUCCACAAAUCAUUAUGUAGCAGACAUGCUUCAUCAUCACUGACCAAUCACAGUACUUCUCUCAGAUUCUGCUAGUGAUUGGUUACUGCACAUCUGUCAUUCAGUUCACUCCCAGACAACAAAGCAUGUGGUUGUAUUGUCUCCUUGUCACCCAUGUGACAUUUUACAAAAGUAGAUCAUCAAAAGAACUGGCCAACAAAGAUAAAAGUGAAUGAAGAAAGGAAAAACGGUAAUGCUAGACGUGAGAUUUGAACUGAACGUAAGUGGAGUUGUGGAAGAAAUCCCCGGUGGGAAUGUUGGCGCUGCUGCGAGGCUCAGUACACAACUAGGGGAGCCUUGUGGAGGCAAGCGUAAGGGAAACUGGUUGUGACGAGAAGGUUGAGUAGGUCCCAGAGGAAGUGAUGGUAAAAACUUCACACUAAAGGAAAUUAGAGUUAUUUUACAACAUUGAAAGUACGAAUGAUAAAAUGGAGGAAGCUGAUCCAAACUUGAGUAUGACAGUUCGCCAUGGUAUAGAGUGUUGCUUACUUAGUAUCCUAAGUUAACAAAAAGUCAAGCACUGUUCAAACCCCUUAUGGUUAGUUUUUUACAGUGGAAUAACACUUUCUCAUUGUUUCUAAUGUUUUAAAUUACAGUGUACUAACAUUUUUACAAUGUUUUUCUUUAUAACACCGAGUUUUUAAUAUUUUGACAGAUUUUUAAAGGUCACAGAACAUUUUCCCCCAUUGAUUAUUAAGAUUGCUUUGAAUGGCCAUUGUUUAUGGUCCUACAUUACUGUGCAAGCCAAGGACUCUAGCUGAGAACAGUGCCCACCUACUUCAGGAAAAAUUGAUUUUGAUAAAACUAGGUGGUUGAGUGUUAAAAGUAUUUUGGAAAUAAUCUGCGUAUCUAAAUGCUAAAAUUCAUCUGGCGAUUUACCCUUAAAAGUUUUAGUAUUGUAAACCUUUCAUUGUUUAGACCAUACAUUCUUGGUGAAAAUUUGUUUUUGAUGGCAAAAAUCUCAUUCUUUGUAGAAAGCAUGAAUAUACAUAUAAUACAUAAACAGGAAUACGUUGUAUCUGUGGUAUUCACGUUUUAUGGGUGGUGAUUAGGAUUAAGAAGCCUAAAAAAGGCUUUAAGGGAGUAAUAAUGAGAAAAAAACGUUAGAGAAACACAGAGAGUAUGAAUUAUUUGGAAAUUGAAUCUUGUACAGGUUUUUAUGGAAUUUGUAAGGGUGCUGUUUGGAGGAUGAGAGUGGGUGAUAACUGCUCUUUUUUUAAGCAGCUACCUGUUUGUCUAAAAUUGUUCAUCUAGGGCAUUGCCACUAAACUAGGUUUUUGCUUGGUUUUCCCUAAAUUAGAGUACUUUGGUUUAAUCAGAUGAACUUUUAGCAGUUUGAAAUAUUUUUUAGCUAUUGAAAUGAAAUUUAUACAACCAGUUUGAUUAAAUUGACCAGUAGAGGUUUAUUUUUACUCCUGUAUACUUCUGAUACCUGUUUAACAGGUUUUACUUUGAUGGAAUGCCAUUUUGAACCAUGAAAUUGUCAUUAAAUUACAUUUGUCACUGACCUAGUUAUCAGAAGUAUGGUUAGUAUCAUACUUUUUUUUUUUUAAAGAUUUAUUUAUUUAUUUGACAGAGCAGGAACAGAAGCAGAGGGAGUGGGA